GCCGCCGGCCUCGGGGUCGGGAGCCGGGAGCCCCGCGCGGUCGCCGGGUCAGCCUGGCGGAGGCUCCCCCGAGGGCGCGGGGGACACCGUUGGGCCCCGCCCUUCCCGGCUCGCUCCCGGCGCGCCCCGGCGCUGUGUGACCCGGCCCUCGGCGACGUGGUGCGGAGGCUCCGGGACCCCGCGUUAUGAAGGCAGCACCGUCUGGGCGCCCGGCGGGAGCGAGGGGCACAGGCAGGGCCGCCUCUGUCUGUUUGCAGCGCCUGUAGGACGCCGAGGGCCCAGAGCCGCGCUGCCUGAGCCGCUCCCCGAUAUCCUGGUCUCCGCGCACAGCUCAGGUCCCGACCCCUGACUGACCCCUGACUCACCCGGAGUAGAAAGAGGCCAAUCGAUCCUCGGUGCCGUCCGUCCAUCCGUCCGUCCGUCCGGCCAUGCAGGCAGAGACCGUGUCCCCGCCGCGGGAGGCUCCGGCCCAGUCCAGCUGGAGCCUCCCCAGCCUGCUGAGCAGCCGGAAGCUGGUGGCCGCGGGGAUCGUGCUGGGCUGGCUCCUGGUCAUCCACUUGCUGGUGAACGUGUGGCUGCUGUGCGUCCUGUCUGCGCUGCUGGCGCUGCUGGGCGGGUGGCUGGGCUCGGACGCCGUGGUGGGGGCCUCGGGCCGACUGCACCUGGAGCGCUUCAUCCCGGUGGCCUCCUGCCCCGCGAGCCCCGAGGCCGAGAGGCAGCUGGAGCAGGAGAUCGAUCGCACCAUCCAGAUGAUUAUUCGGGACUUUGUGUCGUCCUGGUACCGCUCGGUGAGCCAGGAGCCGGCCUUUGAGGAGGAAAUGGAGGCCGCCAUGAGAGGGCUGGUCGGGGAGCUCCGGAGGAGGAUGGGCGUGGUGGACAGCCAGGCCCUUGCCCGCAGGGUGCUGACCCUGUGCGGCUGUCACCUGCAGAGCUAUAUUCAGGCCAAGGAAGCGGUGGCCGCGGAGCACAGUGGUACAGCCGAGCCCUCGCGGCUCUGGGAGGCCUACUGCCGAGCCACUGCCCCCCACCCCGCGGUGCAGAGCCCCAGCACCGAGGUGGCCUAUACGCGCGGCUUGGUGAGCGUGCUGCUUCAGGGACUGGUGCCCAAGCCGCACUUGGAGACGCGCACCGGCCGCCACGUGGUGGUGGAGCUCAUUACCUGCAAUGUAGUCUUGCCACUAAUCAGCAAGCUGUCGGAUCCCGACUGGAUCCACCUUGUCCUUGUGGGCGUCUUUUCCAAGGCCAGAAAUAAUCCAGCAUCGGUGGUUAAACCCACGUCCGCAGCUAGCGCCCUGGAAAAGCCCUCAGUGCCCACGUCUCUGCCGCUGAUAGUUGAGGUACAGAGUCUGCCAGAAGUGAGAGCCCCUUCUCCAGGCGCACCGCCGGUGCUGCUGAGCUGUAGUGAGCCAGACGGGCCUUCCCACCCCUCCCCAGACGUUGAAGAGGGCCACGAAGCCAUGGAGGGAGAACUGGGUGUGGUGACAGAAGAAAGAAAAGUAGGAAACAACUCCUCCCGUUUCUUACAGCCAGACAUUCGAGGCCCUUUGUUCCUAUGUGAAGACACAGAGCUGGAGUCUCCGCUGUGUGAACUGAGCAAAGAAACCAUCAUGCUCAUGACCCCAGGCAACUUCCUCUCUGACAGGAUCCAGGAUGCCCUGUGUGCCCUAGAGGGUCCCCAGUCCCUGGAGUCUAAGGAUGUCGAGGGAUCCGAAGGAAUCGAAGGAGCAGAGGCUGAGGAGGGUCCAGGAACAGAGACAGGGUUGCUGGUCUCCAUGCUGACUUCCUGCCCAGAGAUCCACAUUGACGCAGCAGACAAAGAAGGAGAACAAGGGGAUGUCACCUCUCUUACAGCUUUGCUGACAGAUCCAGAAAGGACCUGCCCCCCAUGCCCCUCGUGCUUAGAGAAGGAUCUCACCAAUGGCGUGAGCUCCGUAGACCCUAGUCUGCCACAGGUUCUGCUUUCUUCCUCUCCAACCGGUCCUCUCAGCUCAGCCACCUUCAGCUUUGAGCCCCUGACCAGUCCAGAUGGCCCGGUUGUCAUCCAGAACCUUCGUAUCACUGGUACCAUUACUGCUCGAGAGCACAGUGGCACUGGAUUCCACCCAUACACCCUCUACACGGUGAAGUAUGAAACAGCCCUGGACGGUGAGAACAACAGUGGCCUGCAGCAGGUGGCCUACCACACCGUGAACCGCCGCUACCGCGAGUUCCUGAAUCUACAGACUCGUCUGGAAGAGAAAUCAGAUCUGCGAAAAUUCAUCAAAAAUGUGAAAGGUCCUAAAAAGCUCUUUCCAGAUCUUCCAUUUGGAAACAUGGAUAGUGACAGAGUAGAAGCCCGUAAGAGCCUCCUGGAAUCCUUUCUAAAGCAACUCUGUGCCAUUCCAGAGAUCACUAACAGUGAGGAGAUGCAGGAGUUCCUUGCUCUGAACACAGAUGCUCGUAUUGCCUUUGUCAAGAAACCAUUCAUGGUGUCCAGAAUAGACAAGAUGGUGGUGAGUGCUAUUGUGGACACAUUGAAGACAGCAUUUCCGCGCUCCGAACCCCAGAGCCCCACAGAAGAGCUGAGUGAGGCUGAGACAGAAAGCAAGCCCCAGACAGAAGGCAAGAAGCCUAGCAAGUCUAGACUGAGGUUCUCCAGUAAGAUUGCUCCAGCACUGAAUAUAACUGAGGCACCUGAGAAGAUUCUCUAUUGUCUCCAGGAAGGCAAUGUGGAGUCAGAGAUCCUGUCCAUGUCUGGGAUGGAAUCCUUUAUUGAAAAACAGACAAAGUUAUUAGAAAUACAGCCAACAGAAGUCCCAGAAAAAGAGCCUGAACAAAGCCCCAAAGGCUGUGUGGAUGGUUAUGUGUCAGAUGCAGCUGUGCCAGCCCAAGACCUCAGCAAUAGUGCUCCAGGAGCAGAGACAGAGCUAGCUGACACAGCCCUAGAUCUGCUCCUCUUGCUGCUCAUGGAACAGUGGAGGUGGCUGUGUACAGAAAACAUGCAGAAAGUUCUUCAUCUUGUCUUUGGGACCUUAAUUCAGAGGUGGCUAGAGGUGCAGGUGGCUAAUCUAACGUGUCCACAGCGCUGGGUGCAGUACCUCCAACUUCUUCAGGAGUCCAUCUGGCCUGGUGGGGUUUUACCUAAGUAUCCACGGCCCGUAAGGACCCAGGAGCAGAAAGUGGCUGCUGAAAAACAGGCCUUGCAGAGCCUGAUGGGAAUCCUGCCAGAUAUUGUGGUAGAAAUCCUUGGGGUGAACAGAUGUCGACUGAGCUGGAGUCUAGUCUUGGAGUCACUACAGCAACCCCUCAUCAACAGGCAUUUGAUUUACUGCCUUUGGGACAUCAUCCUGGAAUUCUUGGAUCUCAGUGCCUCUGUUGAGGAGCCUACCGUAACCGCCUCUGCCUCAGAUACCCCAGGCAACCCCAAGAGAACGGGUGUCUCCCCUUAACCAUAGGUUAUUCGCCCAUUCUUGGAAGGCUGGGAGAGGAGAGUAGCUCUGCCAUCCCGCGACCAUCAGGAACCUGUGCCCUCUGCAGCUGGCCUGUAGCUCGGAAGGCCUGGGGUCCCCGGGGCACAGUUGUCCCCUGGCUCUACUCCAUAGAGCAGAUACCGUAGCAGGUGAUGGGGGAAGUAUGUACCAGUCGUAUCCAUAUACAUUUCCAUACUGUUUUUGUGGUGUUUGGAUUGUUGCUGGUGGGUAGAUCCUGGAAAAGGAAUCUGUGAGGUAGAAGAAUGAGCCCCUUUUGCCUCUCCUUUGCCCUCCUCCCUGAGGAUGUUUGCCAGGAGCCUGGCCCUGUGCAUGCACUUUCCUAAGCCACCAAUACACAAGCUGUAGAUAGACCCAAGAGAAAACUGAUAGCCAGAUUCCUUGGAGGAGUAGGCAAUUUUCUAGAGCUCUCUGUUCCCACCAGGCAACUGAAAUUCAUCCAGGACCACUCUUGAAAGCCAGAGCCCCACGCUCUGUCUCAUUUCCCAACAAUUCCAGAGGAGGGAGGGCAAACAUUUCUCAAGGGGCUUUUUGCUGAUUGGCUGUUUUCCAACACAUCAUGGAGGAUGUCACUGAAGGCUGCUUCCCCGGGUGGCUACACUUUUCCUGUUCAGAAGACUUCGGAGCGACUUCCAAAGCUUCUCAGUAGAUCCACCGCACUCUCCACACCCUUUCCUGAAAGAGAAAAUCUGCGUCACAGAUUUUAUGUAUUAGCUUUCCUCCCAGCCCGUCCCCAAGAGCAGUUGGUUUUGGUCUUUGUGACCUUCUCUGUCUUCCUUCAGCAGAAUCACAUGGCAAAUCGCUUAUUCAGCCCAGUGCUUCCAAAGGAAGGGACACAUGCUUCGUAGCUGGGAAUGCCCAAAGAGUAGGAAACCCAGGUGGCUGUGGGGCUUCUCUCCUCACCAGUCUCCAGCAGGGGACUUUUAACCUGAACCGAUAAUACUAGCAAACCUGCAAGGAGUUGCUCACCCACAAGAAGCUUUUUACUUCCUGUUCCUUAAGGAUCUGAUUAGUCUUUAAGAAAACUUAAAGAUGAAGGCAAAGGUGGUAUGUAUGUAAUAUCUUAGAAGAAUGGAACAGUUAGGAGAAAUUAUUGGUAGGGAGGCAGACAGAGUGACAAGGGAAGUGCUAUGCAUUAAAUGCAUGUGAGUAGCUAACAGAAGAGGUUUAAGGAGGUCCCGGGAGACCUGUGCCACCCUCAUCCCAUGAGCCUGCCUGUUAGUGCCCUGCUGUCACUGAAUUAUGGAUCCUCCCAUUUGGAGGGGGAUGUUGGGGUUAGACUGACGAGAAUGGGAAGGGUCUAGAAUGAGCAUCAAGUUCUCUUAGACUCUGAAGUAGAUGAUGUGCACACAAUUAAAGUGGUUAUGAGAGAA